GCAAGAGGCGACGGCGCAACGCGGUGCGGCGCAGCUCCGGCUCCGCUUUUCCCCUUGCCGGGUGAGAAGUGUCUAUGGGGCACCCGUUGCCGCCGCCGCUGCCGCCACCGCCGCCGGGUGCUGUCUCUAUGGCGAGGAGGAAGAGGAGGAGCGCCAGCUCAGCAAUACAAGAAUACAAAUAAAGGAUAAAAUAUUUUAUGAAACACAUCUUCAAUCAAGUAUAACAUUUGAUGCUUGGCAUCUAGCCCCCUUGUGCCCUCACUAUGCCAGCAGCUACUGUAGAUCAUAGCCAAAGAAUUUGUGAAGUUUGGGCUUGCAACUUGGAUGAAGAGAUGAAGAAAAUUCGUCAAGUUAUCCGAAAAUAUAAUUAUGUUGCUAUGGACACAGAGUUUCCAGGUGUGGUUGCAAGACCCAUUGGAGAAUUCAGGAGCAAUGCUGACUAUCAAUACCAACUUUUGCGAUGUAAUGUAGACUUAUUAAAGAUAAUUCAGCUGGGACUGACGUUUAUGAAUGAGCAAGGAGAAUAUCCUCCAGGAACAUCAACAUGGCAGUUUAAUUUUAAAUUUAAUUUGACGGAGGACAUGUAUGCCCAGGACUCUAUAGAACUACUAACAACAUCUGGUAUCCAGUUUAAAAAACAUGAAGAGGAAGGAAUUGAGACCCAGUACUUUGCAGAACUUCUUAUGACAUCGGGAGUAGUCCUCUGUGAAGGGGUCAAAUGGUUAUCAUUUCAUAGUGGUUAUGACUUUGGCUAUUUAAUAAAAAUCCUGACCAACUCUAACUUGCCUGAAGAAGAACUCGACUUUUUUGAGAUCCUUCGAUUAUUUUUUCCUGUCAUAUAUGAUGUGAAGUACCUCAUGAAGAGCUGUAAAAAUCUCAAAGGUGGAUUACAGGAAGUUGCUGAGCAGUUAGAGCUGGAGAGAAUAGGACCACAGCAUCAGGCAGGAUCUGAUUCAUUGCUUACAGGAAUGGCCUUUUUCAAAAUGAGAGAAAUGUUCUUUGAAGAUCAUAUUGAUGAUGCCAAAUAUUGUGGUCAUUUGUAUGGCCUUGGUUCUGGUUCAUCCUAUGUACAGAAUGGCACAGGGAAUGCAUAUGAAGAGGAAGCCAACAAGCAGUCAUGACAUGAAAUAGCCCUUUUUAUUUUUAUUUUAUUUGAGCUACACACAUGCUUGUAUAUAGGUUUUAUCUCUGGUUGAAUCCCUUGGACAGUAAAUAAUACCUUAUUUUUCCCUUUGAUAGUCUUAUUUUCUACCUUUGAGUACUAAGUAUGACCAUCCCUGUCUCAGAUUUUAAUAAAUAGAAAA